AAUAACAAUGCUGUCUGAUGAGACAAGGCGUGCGCAAUAACAAUGUUCAACAACGAAUCUACCGUACUAAUUCAAUUUGUAUCGAUCUGGCUGGAGCUAUAGCUCCAUGGAUCUAGUUAAAAUUGCUACUGUGCAGUACUAGAUCUCGGCCGCGCCGGCCAGUUUCCCUAGCUAGGCCUCAGUGUUGACGAUGGGAGAAGAUACCGUGUAUGACGUUUGCGUGAUAGGAGCUGGUAUGGUGGGGUCAGCUGCUGCCAAAUGGCUUUGUAAAUUGCAACGGGAAACUAAAAUCUGUCUGGUUGGGCCUCAAGAACCUACAGAAGAGGAAUGGCAGUCUGAAAAGCGAGAAAUAUUUUCAUCUCACUAUGAUGAAGGCAGACUGACAAGGGAAAUUGAUGAGAGUCCAAUUUGGGGUAUCCUUGCCAGAAGAUCAAUUCAGCGAUACAGACAAAUUGAAAAGGAAAGUGGCAUAAAUUUCUACCAUGAAGUUGGUUGUAUACACGCUUAUGGGGAGGAUUGUGCGAGUUUUCUUAAAACAGUCGAGAAUGUGCAACAGAUGGGACAGAUUUACUACCAAUCUUUAAAUGCAUCCGGUCUUCAAGCGCAGUUUCCCUACCUACACGCAGAGAAGAGCUGGCAAAUUCUGUACAACUUCAAAAAUGCAGGCUACGUCAGAGCGAGGAAAUUUGUGGCAGCUCAACAGAAAAUAGCUGCAUCUCAUGGGUGUGAUAUCAUCAAUGAUGUCGUGAUUAAUCUCCAAGACGACGUGAGAGAGGGGAGACGAAAGGACAGUUUUGUAAAGAUUGUGUGUAAAAGUGGCCGUGAUGUUAAAGCCAAACGCGUACUGCUCUGUACAGGUGCCUUUUCCAACAGCUAUGACUUGUUACCAAAGGGCAAACAGAUUGAGUUCUUUCCCAUAGAGGUGUCGGUGGUAAAAGCUGAAUUGAAGAAGGAGGAUGCGCUGAAAAUGGCAGACAUGCCAGGAAUCCUGUCCAGAAUACCAGGAAAAGAAUGCUACAUACUGCCUCCAAUGAAAUAUCCAAACGGAAAAUAUUACAUCAAGAUAGGAGGAUACAACACUGACUUCACUGUUCUGGGUAGUCACCAAGAGAUUGUAAAUUGGUUCCGAUCACAAGCUCAGUAUGAAGACGAUACAAACGAAGCUAUUGAUCUCUUGAAACUUAUGGUUAAAGGUUUGCAUCCAGUCUCUUUGAUAACCGCUUCCUGCGUCAGCUCUCACACACCAACCAAACUCUUUUAUUGUGACAUGAUAACACCACACGUAGGAGCUCUGAUGGGUAUGUCUGGUCAAGGGGCAAAAUCCAGCGAUGAGAUUGGUCGCAUGGGGGCGAAGAUGAUUGCCAAGGGCUCCUGGGAUUACGAUCUUCCAGCAGGACUCUUCAGCUUGAAGUACAAGAAAGCUGAUAAUGCUAAACUCUAAUGAGAUGGGGCAAUAGACUCAUUGAAAUAUCUGAAUUAUUAAAGCAAUAUUUUCUAGAGUUUUUAUUCAAGAUUUAUUACUUUAUGACAUACAUGAAAUAAUCCUAUCAUGGGAGAAGUAACCAUGUUAAAGAUAUCAGGAGAUGUUAAGCUAUGAUUAGAUGAAUCAUGGAAAUCAUCUGAAAUAUUGAGCAAUAUAUUUUUUAGAAACUGCAGAAAUUUUUUAGCUGAUAUAAAGGAAAAUACAUUCUAUUAUCACAUGAUCAUAUCAUAGCAAACAGCAUCAUGUAAAGAUAGAAGCAAACUGUGAUAAGAUAUGGUGGCAAUAUAGUCAAAUAAAUACAUGUGACCCAUUUCAUAAAACAUGUGAAAAUAACCUAUUUGCAAUAACAGUUUAUAGCAACUGAAAUCAUUCCAUUUGAUUGGCUGACAGUAAACUUGUUUUAUAAACAUUAUAACAAGUCUUUUUGAAACAGGACCCUGAUAUUUUAUGUUUUCAGAUAAUUGGCAAUUCCAUAGAAAUUGUCCAACAUAGAUGGAGUUGGUAAUACUUUAUAUAGUUGUAAUAACCUGGUACAAAGAAUAAUAUGCUAUGAAAAGGACCUUGAACCUCAUUGGGAAAAGCAAAAUUAUAGCAAUUAUAUAUUUUCCCUUCAGUGGCAGUAUAACAGAGAGAUAUGUCCUAAUUUCAAAGGAAAAGCCAAGUAUUUUAUACAUGUAUUUUUCUUAUUAUAUAAAUUGUUUUACUUAAUACUGUAUUUUCUUGCCUAUUCUUGUCAUUGAAGCAAAUCAAUUAACCAUCUUAAGUGAAAAUUUAUAUUUGUGACAGAUUUUAAAAUAAUGUCCGGAAAAUCAUUCAAUAUUUUACCUCUUUCCCUUUCAUUUCCUUUCUGGGAUGGUAUUUCACUACUGCUCCCUCUCUAGUAAUUCUGCAAUGUCAUCUUGAUGGCAUGGGUCUGAUUCUGCUUUGAGUCACCAGUCAUCUUGAUGGCAUGGGUUCAUAUCCCACUGCUGCCACCACUCUUGUAAGUCUGAUUCUGCUUUGAGUUAUCAGUCAUCUUGAUGACAUGGGUUCAUAUCCCACUGCUACCACCACUCUUGUAAGCCUGAUUCUGCUUUGAGUUAUCAGUCAUCUUGAUGACAUGGGUUCAUAUCCCACUACUACCACCUCUUGGAAGUCUGAUUCUGCUUUGAGUUAUCAGUCAUCUUGAUGACAUGGGUUCAUAUCCCACUGCUACCACCACUCUUGUAAGUCUGAUUCUGCUUUGAGUUAUCAGUCAUCUUGAUGACAUGGGUUCAUAUCCCACUGCUACCACCACUCUUGGAAGUCUGAUUCUGCUUGUAGUCACCAGUCAUCUUGAUGGUAUGGAUUCUUAUCCCACUGCUGCCACCACUCUUGUAAGUCUGAUUCUGCUUUGGGUCACCAGUUAUCUUGAUGACAUGGGCUUAUAUCCCACUGCUACCACCAGUCUGAUUCUGCUUUGAGUCACCAGUCAUCUUGAUGGUAUGGGUUCUUAUCCCACUGCUGCCACCACUCUUGUAAGUCUGAUUCUGCUUUGAGUCACCAGUCAUCUUGAUGACAUGGGUUCAUAUCCCACUGCUACCACCACUCUUGUAAGUCUGAUUCUGCUUUGAGUUAUCAGUCAUCUUGAUGACAUGGGUUCAUAUCCCACUGCUACCACCACUCUUGGAAGUCUGAUUCUGCUUGUAGUCACCAGUCAUCUUGAUGGUAUGGGUUCUUAUCCCACUGCUGCCACCACUCUUGUAAGUCUGAUUCUGCUUUGGGUCACCAGUUAUCUUGAUGACAUGGGCUUAUAUCCCACUGCUACCACCAGUCUGAUUCUGCUUUGAGUCACCAGUCAUCUUGAUGGUAUGGGUUCUUAUCCCACUGCUGCCACAACUCUUGUAAGUCUGAUUCUGCUUUGAGUCACCAGUCAUCUUGAUGACAUGGGUUCAUAUCCCACUGCUACCACCACUCUUGUAAGUCUGAUUCUGCUUUGAGUUAUCAGUCAUCUUGAUGACAUGGGUUCAUAUCCCACUGCUACCAUCACUCUUGGAAGUCUGAUUCUGCUUUUAGUCAUCAGUCAUCUUGAUGGUAUGGGUUCUUAUCCCACUGCUGCCACCACUCUUGUAAGUCUGAUUCUGCUUUGAGUCACCAGUCAUCUUGAUGACAUGGGUUCAUAUCCCACUGCUGCCACCACUCUUGUAAGCCUGAUUCUGCUUUGAGUCUGAUUCUGCUUUGAGUUAUCAGUCAUCUUGAUGACAUGGGUUCAUAUCCCACUGCUACCACCACUCUUGGAAGUCUGAUUCUGCUUUGAGUCUGAUUCUGCUUUGAGUUAUCAGUCAUCUUGAUGACAUGGGUUCAUAUCCCACUGCUACCACCACUCUUGUAAGUCUGAUUCUGCUUUGAGUUAUCAGUCUUUGACUAUAUUGCCACCAUAUCUUAUCACAGUUUGCUUCUAUCUUUACAUGAUGCUGUUUGCUAUAUGCUGUCAUCACUCUUGUAAGUCUGAUUCUGCUUUGAGUCACCAGUCAUCUUGAUGGCAUGGGUUCAUAUCCCACUGCUGUCAUCACUCUUGUAAGUCUGAUUCUGCUUUGAGUCACCAGUCAUCUUGAUAGCAUGGGUUCAUAUCCCACUGCUGUCACCACUCUUGUAAGUCUGAUUCUGAUUUGAGUCUGAUUCUGCUUUGAGUCGUCAGUCAUCUUGAUGACAUGGGUUCAUAUCCCACUGCUGUCACCACUCUUGUAAGUCUGAUUCUGCUUUGAGUUUUAUGGUAUAAGAAAAGGAGCAAAGUCCCUGUUUUAUCGACCGCUUCAGUUUCAGAAAAAUACUGAAAUUUAUGUCAAUAUUGAAUUGUAAAGAAUGGGAGAAGGGCUUCAAAAAAGAGAAAAAUGUGAUUCAAUGCAUAUGCUAAUACAUAACUCUCGGUACUCACAUUAACAAUUGCUACUUGAAGCCCUCUCUGUGAAUUUCUAUGAACUUAGUACUCAAACAAAAUUAGAAAAUUAUUUUUAUUCCAUAUUUCAUGUGAUAAAUACAAUUAUUUUAUAUUUUAUAAAAUGAAAUAAAAAGAAAUAAGUGAGUGUGUGUUGAUCAUUUCCCUCAUAGGAAUACCGCCUAUAAUGUGAAUAUCACUUGUGAAAACAAGCAAUUCCUUUUUCUUUAUAUGAGCAAUUUUUAUUUUAAAUGCCUUUCUGAUAUUGCAACUUUAGUGCUAAUCUUGUCGAUUUAUAGAGCUGUAAUGAAACAUUUAUUGUAGAGAUAUCUUUG